UCAGGGUAUUUCCCAAAACAACAGAUAAAAAACAAAAUGGCUGCCGUUACAUUAUCGUCUGGUUUGACAAUCUCGUAGAAAAUGACAAACGAAACCGAAUUAAAGUCCGUAGUUUGGGAAUGGAUGAAUGACCGAUGUAAAUGGACCUCUUAUUCGCCAGAAGUUUGCCAUUUAUUAGAACGUGCACACGAAAGGGGGCUGAAUUUAGUCUGUUUGGGUGACGUCGAAUCUCGUCUGAAGUCUUACAACGUCAAUUUAAGGGAAUUUCAACAAGUUUCCGAAGUCACCGGAUACAGACGUGCCGUUCGGAGAAAAUUGUUUAGUAGUAACAGCGUGGCGGCUUCGGGCGUGUGUUGGCAGUGGGCUGGAGACAAAGCGGGACAAUGGUUCAUCUUUGAUAUGGACAUAGCCGCCAUUAUCGAAGAUGCUUUCGCUCAGGGUCUUGGCUUCAUUGACUUAAGCAAAAUUUCCAGUAGCUAUUCUUACAGUAUCAAUUUUAAAACCAUGUCUCAGAAGAGUACUCGUACCGGUUUUGAACGACCCGUCAGGCGGACAGUCUCUUCCCCCUAUCCAUUGGUCAGGCACGCGACGAAAUCCUCCACAGUCUCCACAGAUGUUGGUUCGCCACCAAAGUCUCCCGUCUGUACUGACUCUCCUCCGGCAAAGAACACGAGAUCGAAGAGUCAGAAGAAGAGCCUAAUGAAACAUUUUUCUAAUUUUGCCAAUAAGAUUGUGAAAUUGGCAUCGACUGGUGAAGAUGAUUCCAUCGACGGAGACGCGGAGAGAUCCAUCUCUGAUAGAAGUGUUGACGGUGCGUCCAAUAGCACUUCGGAAAUUCUUCCUCUCUGCGACAAGAAAACCACUAACUCUAGAAAAGAAGCCAGAGGAAGAAAAAAAUCAAAAGCGCAAAGUAAAGCCGGACCAUCAAACAGUAAAUCAUUAAAAACUCAGUCGAAAGACUUUCCAAAUGUGCCGUAUCGUCACUCAUUUUUUGCUGGUGAAGUAAAACCGGUACCAGGUAUUAAGCCACCAAAGACUACAAGAAGCAAUUCGACCUCCGAAGACCUGUCGUCGGGUAAAAUAGAUGGAGAGGAGGUGAUUGGGCAGUUCGCUUCCGUUCAGGAUCCUAAUGGCACGACAGAGGAAUGCAUCAUCUGCUGUGAAAAUCUGUCCGUCCAUUCGCCUUACGACAACACGGGUUUAGUCAUCACACUACGUUCCUGUCUUCACACUUUUCACAAAGCGUGCCUCAAAGCUAUGUAUAACAGUGGAACUCAGGACGGUCACCUACAGUGUCCAACCUGCAAGACCAUUUACGGUAUAAAACGAGGCAACCAACCUCGGGGAACCAUGGACUUUCACGUCAUACCCUGCUCCUUACCCGGGUAUCCCGAAUGUGACACCAUCUCCAUCAUCUACAACAUUCCGCCCGGCAUACAGGGACCGGAGCACAUUCAUCCCGGCAGAAGAUACACCGCCAGAGGAUUUCCGCGGGUCUGUUACUUACCAAAUAACAAAAAAGGCAGAAAGGUGCUGAGUCUCCUGGUUAAGGCUUGGGAAAGACGUCUCAUCUUCACGGUCGGUUCUUCGGCCACCACGGGGGAAGACGACACAGUCACGUGGAACGAGAUCCAUCACAAGACCGAACUUUCCUCCAACUAUUCGGGACACGGUUGGCCGGACGUGCAGUAUCUGGACAACGUCCUGGCAGAACUGGCUCUGCAGGGCGUCACGGAAUAGACUAUGUCUUAUCUAAACUCCCGGCCACUGCACCGUUGUAUAUAUAUUUUUCUUUGUUCACCGAGGCCACGAUUUGUAGCGGAAAUCACUACAAUUUAAAUUUGUGCACAUAAGAGACCACUAGGCAUUCACAGUUACAUUUGUAUUCUUUGUUACUACCUGUUUGCAUGUUCACUAAAACUGGACUUUCAACUGUGUUUAAAAAUUACAGAAUGUGACUUUAUCAGUGUUGCAAUAAAGAUUAUUAUUUUAAAAUUAUUAUAUUUGCUUAUCUGUCAAACAAUGAUGAUUGUUCGACAGAUAAUUGAUACAAA